AUGGUUUCUGGGCCUCUGGCACUCCGGUGGUACGCGUGGGCGGGGCGUGGGGACAUGGGGCCCGACAUGGAGCUGCCCAGCCACUCCAAGCAGCUCCUGCUGCAGCUGAACCAGCAGAGGACCAAGGGCUUCCUGUGUGAUGUCAUCAUCAUGGUGGAGAACUCCAUCUUCCGCGCCCACAAGAAUGUCCUGGCCGCCAGCAGCAUCUACUUCAAGUCUCUGGUCCUGCAUGACAACCUCAUCAACCUGGACACAGACAUGGUCAGCUCCACGGUGUUCCAGCAGAUUCUGGACUUCAUCUACACGGGCAAGCUGCUGCCCAGUGACCAGCCGGCUGAGCCCAACUUCAGCACUCUCCUCACUGCCGCCAGCUACCUCCAGCUGCCCGAGUUGGCAGCGCUCUGCCGCCGUAAACUCAAGCGAGCCGGCAAGCCCUUCGGCUCUGGACGGGUGGGCGCCUCUGGCAUGGGAAGGCCACCCCGCAACCAGCGGCUGUCCACGGCCUCUGUCAUCCAGGCACGGUAUCCAGCGCUCGUGGACGGACGCAAGGGGGCCCACACCCCCCAGGAGCUCCCCCAGGCCAAAGGCUCUGAUGAUGAGCUCUUCCUCGGAGGCUCCAGCCAGGAGGGUGUCCAUGGCCUGGGCCGGGCCGUCUGUCCAGCCAGCGGGGAGGCCGGCUUGGGCAGCUGCAGCACCAAUGGGAGCAGCGGGGGCUGUGAGCAGGAGCUGGGCCUGGACCUGUCCAAGAAGAGCCCACCCCUGCCCCCUGCCACCCCCGGUCCUCCCCUGACCCCUGACGACCCGGCCCAGCUGAGUGACAGUCAGCACGGCUCGCCCCUCUCAGCCUCCGCCCCUCCUGUUGCCAACAGUGCCUCUUACGUUGAGCUGGGGGGCACCCCUAAUGAGCCCAUGGAUCUGGAGGGGGCCGAGGACAGCCACCUGAGCCUGCUGGAGGGGCCCGGUGGGCAGCCCCGGAAGAGCCUACGGCACUCGGCCCGCAAGAAGGAGUGGAGCAAGAAGGAGCCCAGGGUUGGGUCCCCCUUUGAGCGGAGGGAAGCAGGGCCCAAGGGCCCCUGCCCGGGGGAAGAGGGCGAGGGGCUAGGGGACAGGGUUCCCAAUGGCAUCCUGGCCAGCAGCGUUGGAGGGGGCGGUCCCAGUGGGCCCUACACGGAGCCCCCAUACCCCUGCAAGGAGGAGGAAGAGAAUGGCAAGGACGGGAGUGAGGACAGUGGGCAGAGCGGGAGUGAGGGGGGCAGUGGCCAUGCUGGCACGCACUACAUGUACCGGCAGGAGGGCUACGAGACCGUGUCCUAUGGGGACAACCUAUAUGUGUGCAUCCCCUGCGCCAAAGGCUUCCCCAGCUCCGAGCAGCUCAAUGCCCACGUGGAGACACACACGGAGGAGGAGCUGUUCAUCAAGGAAGAGGGUGCCUACGAGACGGGCAGUGGGGGUGCCGAGGAGGAGGCCGAGGACCUGUCGGCACCCAGCGCGGCCUAUGCGGCCGAGCCCCGGCCCUUCAAGUGCUCGGUGUGUGAGAAGACCUACAAGGACCCGGCCACGCUGCGGCAGCACGAGAAGACGCACUGGCUGACGCGGCCCUUCCCCUGCAACAUCUGCGGCAAGAUGUUCACGCAGCGCGGCACCAUGACGCGCCACAUGCGCAGCCACCUGGGCCUCAAGCCGUUCGCCUGUGAUGAGUGCGGCAUGCGCUUCACACGCCAGUACCGCCUCACCGAGCACAUGCGUGUGCACUCGGGUGAGAAGCCCUACGAGUGCCAGCUCUGCGGGGGCAAAUUCACCCAGCAGCGCAACCUCAUCAGCCACCUGCGCAUGCACACCUCCCCCUCCUAGAAGCCAAAGACCCUUCUCCCCGGCCUGAGGCUGCCCUCCGCAGACCCGCCCUUGGGAGCCCACCGAAGGAAGGAAGACGCGUGGAGGCCGGGCGGGAGGGGCUGGGACCCCCAAGUCCCAUGGGGAUGGCUCCUGGUGGCACCCUCAGCCAGCCCCCCCCCACACCCAGAGCUUUAAUGGACAGUCUGUACAAGGGCAGCGAGAGGAGGGAAGCCGAUGGGCCCGAGUUCCGAGUGCGCAUUGCUGGCGUGCAGUCUACCUCCCGAUUCCACCCCGGCUCCCCGGGAGGGCCGCUGCAGAGUCUGGGGGAGUGGGUCACAGGGGUCUCGCUGGGACCUGGCCCCCUUCCCGCAGGCCGGGUCCGAGCAGGGGGCCGUGGGGCCUCCCUCCGCUGGGGAGGAACAGGGCUGUCCCGUGGCCAGGGGCGCUGUCUGUGUGCGUGCACGAGUGCUUGUCUGUGUGCGGGCCACCCUGGCUCUUUGGGGAGUGGUGCUGGAGGGAACGGGACAGAGCCCUCCUUCCUUGAGCCAGUGGUCACUGCUCACUGGCGCUGGGACAGUCAGGGGGCCCCCGCCGCCUACCUCUCCACAGCUAAAGAGCCCUCUGGGCCUAUGUUGCUGUUAUUCCUACUGAUCUGUUCCUUUUUUCUUUUUGAAUUUUGUUUUUUAAACCAAAACCAACAAGAGUUUAUUUUCCUCCCGGCCCCUCGGGGCUGAGCCUGGGUCUGCAGACUGAAUGUACAGGGGCAGCUGCCCCUCCCGCCCCCUGCCCGGCUGCGGGCUGAGGGGCGCCCACCCCUCCAGGCCCCAGAAGCCCUUCUUGGCCAAAGGCUUCCCUGGGCCCCGAGCCCUGCCUCGGCUGCCUCAGGAGAGAGUGAUUUUCCUAUAGUUUCUGAGGAAUAUUCUUUGUUUAGAGGUACUUCUUUUUUAUUAAGAGAAAAACCAGUGUAACGUUUAUGUGAAUGUUGGAACUGGAAGGU